AUGGGAUUGGCCACUUCGUUCCUUGUCGAUCGCUUGCAGUCCAUUCGAAGCUCGACAAGGUACUACCCCACCACUGACAGCAACGCUGGCUACGUCCAAGAUCGCCAUGGCUGUGUUGCAACAAAAGGAGAUGAAGGAUACUACUACAAGUGGUAUCAAGGGAUCCACAUGCUGUGUGGGGAGGAGGGUCUCGACAAAUACAAACGCCGCCCUAGCCACGAAGACACCCUUGAUAAUACUUGGUACUUCGUCCUGGGUUUCAAAUGCGUGCAUCAAGAUAACGAACGUGGGGAAGACGAAUCCGAAGAUGUGGAAGAUAUAAUAGGCUCCAGUGUGCUUGCAGCAACAGGUAAUGCACUACCCACCACAAGCAUCACCAAUAGCACCAUCAAUACACCCAGAAAGAAGUCAAAACUAAUCCUCCAUCCGCCUAUAAAGCCUAAACAGCUAUCGAAGUCACUAGUCUGA